AUGAAGUGCCUGAGAUUUUUUCACAGUUCACUUCAAGGUCAGGCCCUGAGGUCCUCCUUCUUGUUUGUCCUUUUCUAUACACUUGCCAGUGGCUCAGGUGGAAGACAAAGGCCGAGGCUUGUUCUGGGUUUCCAAGCCCCCAAAAACACCUCCUUUCCUUUCAGUGUGAUGAAGCUUGGUGCUUCCAUUCAGAUUGCCAUUGACAAGGUGAAUUCUAACCUUGGGAUCUCCAAUAACUACACCCUGGACUUUGUAUAUGCCGACUGUAAUUGCGAUGCUAAAGCAUCCCUCGCAGCAUUCAUCCACCAAGUGCAGAAUGAGAGUAUUGUAGCCCUUUUUGGACCAGCCUGCCCAGAAGUAGCUGAGGUUACAGGGCUUAUGGCUUCCCAGUGGGGCAUUCCCAUGUUUGGUUUUGUGGGCCAGACGCACAAGCUGGAUAUUGCAACGAUUUACGACACCUACGUCAAAAUGGUGUCACCGGUUCAAAGAGUUGGGGAGGUGCUGACUAAGAGCCUUCAGCAUUUUCAAUGGAAUUAUGUCGCAUUGAUGGGAGGUGGCUCAGAGAGCAACACAUGGGAUAAAAUCGAUGCCCUGUGGAGCACCAUCCAAAGUCAACUCAAGAUCAAUUUCACAGUGACAGCAGCCAUUAGAUAUGACACUAGCAGUACCACUCUGACUCGCAAGAACCUCAAAUUAAUUUCCACCUUGGCAAGAAUUAUAAUUUUAAUCUGUAACUUUGAAGAUACCAAGUCAAUAAUUCUGGAAGCACAAAGUCUUAAAAUGGUCAAUGGCGAGUAUGUAUUUUUUGUAAUCCAGCAGUUUGAAAUCAGCGGUUAUGUGGAAAACUUCUGGAAAUAUACUUUAAGUCAAUCCUCAGAUAUGAUACAGAAGGAGGCUUUCGAUCCAGUGUUCUUGAUAGCACUAACAUCCUAUGGAAAACAGGAAUAUUAUAAUUUUCCAGAACAAGUCAUGGAGCGACUCAGAGGUCCCCCAUUCUACAGCAAUCUGACAUCAGUCAAAGAGGUCAGCUCCUAUGCAGCUUACCUUCAUGAUGCAGUCCUUCUUUAUGCAAUGGGAGUUUCAGAGCUGAUUAAAGUUGGAAGAAAUCCCUUUCACAAUGGGAGAGACCUUGUCAACAGUCUAAAAGGCAACCCUAGCAUUCAAUUGUAUGGUGCAACUGGAUUGGUAUAUUUGGAUGAAUUUGGAGAAAGAAGCAUGGAUUAUUCUGUAUAUGAUUUACAGACAGUUCAAAACACCUCCAAGUUUGUGCCUGUUCUACAGUAUGACAGCAGUAAAAAGAUAAUCAGGCAGACUCCAGAAUUCUCUUUAAUAUACUGGCCUAAUGGACGUCCAACCAAAGACAAACCAGACUGUGGAUUUAACAAUGAGCUCUGCGAAGCAGCUGCUAAUAAUAUGUCUGUAAUAAGUCUGAUCUUGAUCCUGUUGGUGGCAGUUAGUGCUGGGACUAUAUGUGUCAUUAUCCUGGUUGUCCAAAAGGCUAAACUGCGGAAAGAGGUGGAUGAUACUUGGUGGAGGAUAAGCUAUAACAAUAUUAGCAUCAUUAAAAAUGCAAAGGGAACUCAGAAUGUAUCUACAGCAACCACACCUUCAGUUAAGGGAAGUGGAAGCUUUGGGUCUCAAGCCACCAGUUCCGAGAACAACAGCUACAGCUUGAAAGAUAAAUAUGGGAAGGAAACCAUUUAUACUACAAUCGGUCUUUAUCAGGGUAAUCACGUUGCCAUUAAAUACCUUGACAGACAAAUUAUUACCGAUGUGAGGAAGCCAUCGAUAAUUAAAGAGUUUCGCAUUAUGCGAGAGCUUCGACAUGAUAAUCUGGUGCCUUUCUUGGGGGCUUGCAUAGAUCCCCCUACUAUUUGCCUUGUUUCAAUGUACUGCAAGAAGGGAAGUCUGAAGGAUAUUUUGAAGAACGUAGAUAUUGAGCUGGAUUGGAUGUUCAAGCUGUCCUUCGCUUACGACAUUGUGAAUGGAAUGGCGUUUAUACACAGAAGCAAACUCGUGUCUCAUGGCAACUUAAAACCCACAAACUGCUUGGUGGACAGUAGAAUGCAGGUGAAACUCUCAGGGUUUGGACUGUGGGAAUUUCGCUAUGGGACUAAGCAUAGAGUGAUUCCUUCUGACAAUCCCAAAUAUGAAGAACUUUACUGGAUUGCACCAGAGCUGUUAAGACUCGUUCUUCACCCAUUUAAUGGCACGCAAAAAGGAGAUGUCUACAGUUUUGCAAUCAUCAUGAGGGAACUGAUUUAUGACAGUGAUGAUGGCCCAUAUCAUGACUUGGAUUUGGAGCCAGAGGAAAUAAUAAAAAAAAUUAAACAUCCAACAAACAGAGUUCCAUUACGACCAACACUCUCUCCUGAGAAAUGCAGUGAAGGAAUUGCCACCAUGCUCAACUCUUGCUGGGAUGAGAAUCCUGAUAGAAGGCCAUGUUUUUCCACAAUCAGAAGAAGACUUCGAGAUGCAAGUCCUGAAAGUCAUGCCAACAUUCUUGAUAACAUGGUGAACAAACUUGAAAAAUAUGCCAAUCACCUAGAAGAAGUGGUGGAAGAAAGAACCAAUCAACUUACAAUUGAAAAAAGAAAGAUAGACAAACUUCUUUCCAGCAUGCUGCCCAGUUUCAUUGCAGAGCAGCUUAUGGCUGGGAAAUCAGUGGAACCUGAAAGUUACGAGUCUGUGACCAUCUUCUUCUCUGACAUUGUUGGCUUCACCAAUAUGUGUUCAAGGAGCUCUCCACUUGAGGUGGUCAGCUUGCUUAAUGAUCUGUACAGCUUGUUUGACGACAUUAUUAUGAACUACGAUGUUUAUAAGGUAGAGACCAUUGGCGAUGCCUAUAUGGUAGCAAGUGGUCUUCCCAUACGAAAUGGAGUUAAGCAUGUUGAAGAAAUCGCCACAAUGUCCUUGCACUUCCUUAGUUCAGUCAUGAAUUUCCAUAUCAGACACCUGUCAAAUGAAACACUGAAGCUUCGUAUUGGGUUAAACACAGGUCCUGUGGUUGCUGGGGUUGUUGGAACAACAAUGCCAAGGUACUGCCUGUUUGGAGACUCAGUGAAUAUGGCAUCCAGGAUGGAGAGUAACAGCCUGCCCUUGAAAAUCCAUGUGUCUGAAAACACUGCAAAGAUUCUCAGAGAGCUUGGGCAAUAUAUAUUAGAAGAAAGAGGGGAGAUUCAAAUAAAGGUUCAAGUCUUUACAGCACAACCAGAUCCUUAUACAAGACAACCAUCCAAUGUGGCUGUGUGGGGAAUCGGCCACAUCUAG